UCAUAAGCCCAUACCUGGCAGUGCUCUUUCUCGUGUUCACCCUUCUGUCGUCAACUGUCAUCGCGGUGACCGAGUCAGAGAUGCUGGUGCCGGUCUUGUCCUUGCUGUCUCUGGCCGGCAGCUUCGGCCGGGCUGUCGGCGACAGCAACGUCACCAAGCUUCACCUCCUCGGCCUCUUCCCGAUGUCCGGUCCCUGGUCGGGUGGUAAAGUUUGCCUGUUGUCCAGCCAACUCGCCGCCAAACACAUCAACGCUAACCGCGAUAUACUACCGGGCUACAAGAUCGUCAUUAAAGCGCUGGACACUAAAUGUGAUGGAGGAACGGCUACGGAUGUGAUGUACCGGGAAGUUUACAACUCCUCGACCACUGAGAUCAUGAUCUUAGGCGGUGGUUGCUCCAUAGCCACGGAGCCGACGGCUCAGGCGUCUCAUCACUGGAAUCUCUUACAGCUGUCCUACGCUGCGUCCUCCCCAGAACUAUCCAACCGUCUCAUGUACCCUCGUUUCUUCCGCAUGACACCCACCGAUUCGGCUUUGAACGUCGUUCGAUUGGCUGUCAUAAAGAAGUUCAACUGGACCAAAGUGGCCACGCUACAUCAGUCCCGUGACAUCUUCUCUUUAGCGGUCUCUGACUUUCAACGGGACGCGCAAUCAUCUGGUAUAGACAUUCUUGCCGCAGAGAUCUUUGUCGAAGAUCCAGCACAACAACUUAAAAACAUCGAGAAUGUUGGGGCCCGAAUCAUCUUCGGCAACUUCUACAGCGACAAGGCAAGACGAGUGUUCUGUGAAGCCUAUCGCCGAAAAAUGUACGGCGCGCAGUACGUCUGGAUCGUACCAGGAUGGUUCGAGGCGGGUUGGUGGCGCACUCCAGACGAGUCCAUCACUUGUACACUGGAUCAGAUGGAUGAGGUUACAGCUUACUCCUUUGGGGUCAGCGCUGUAGGCCUUCCCCUUGCGGGAAAAAGGAAACUGUCGGUAGCUGGACUGACAACAGAGAAGUAUUUAGAGGCGCUGACGACCUUCGCUGGUGACGACGCUGACGAUGUAGCAAAGUAUACAGCGAAGUCCUGGGCAUACGACUCGGUGUGGAGCAUCGCCUUAGCUUUGAGCGAAGCUGAAAGUCUGCUUCAGUCUCAGGAUCCUCCGAGGACUCUAGGCGAUUUCACGUUCAAUGACAGCAUGACUGCGGACAUCCUGUUCAACAUAAUGAGUGACCUGCAGUUCGAGGGUGUAUCGGGUCCGGUUCAGUUCGACGCCAGUGGUGAUCGCAUCGGCCUGCUGGCGUUAUACCAAAUCAUCGAUCUCCAGACUGUUCGUGUUGGCAUCGUUGACCCGACUGUUGGUACAGGCAAGGAGCUGGAAAUGGAAGGAUACUCCCCUAUUAUUUGGCCAGAUGGUGCGCCCCCUCUUGACUUCACAAUCGAGAAGAAAGAGCGUCUAACCAUUACAUAUUCUGUAUUUGUGACUGGUACCGUGUUCGCAACCAUGGGAAUUUUCCUGGCUUCUUGUUUCUUAGCUUUCAACAUUCGCUACAGGAACAAAAGGGUGAUCAAGAUGUCAAGUCCUAACAUCAAUAACGUGAUGCUGAUUGGUGGGAUACUAGCUUACGUCUCCAUCAUCUGUCAGGGCGUGGAUACGGCUAUUGUAUCCACUGAUACCUUUGUGUGGAUGUGUAAGGUGAAGACGUGGCUUCUGGCAAUUGGCUUUUCGACUGCUUUUGGCGCCAUGUUUAGCAAGACUUGGCGUGUGCACAAGAUUUUCACUAGAAAGAUGACCACAAAAAUGGUGCUUAGAGACACCCGACUGUUGAGCUUUGUGGUUGUUCUGAUCGCCGUUGAUGUCAUCAUACUUACCCUAUGGAACGUGAUAGACCCAGUCACCGCAACAGAAAAUUAUAGAAGUAAAGUGGUUGAUCAGAACAACAAUGACAUCGUUUAUACAUUGAUCCGUAUGACAUGUGAGUCCAGGAACCAGAUUUACUGGAUUGGUGCCUUCUAUGUCGUCAAUGGCCUCCUACUCAUUUUCGGAGCUUUUUUGGCCUGGGAGACUAGGGGAGUCUCCAUGCCAGCGCUAAACGACUCCAAAUACAUAGGAUUCUGUGUCUACAAUGUCCUGAUCCUGUCGUUAGUGGGUGCUGCGGUAUCGUUUUUUUUGGAGGAGCGAAACGCCCAUUACGCCCUGGUAUCUACCCUGAUCUGGCUGGCCACUACAGUUACGCUCUGUGUGGUCUUCGUCCCAAAGGUGCGUACGAGGAACGACGUAAAGCCAACCAUCAGUGACGUGGUAUCCCACAAAAGCCAGCAACAGCCGGGAAGUGCAUCGGCAGACUCAAAGGAACUGGAGCUGCUCCGUCGGCAGAUACAUCAGAUGAAGCAGAACUGCAAGUGUUCGGUGACAGCUUCAACUACAACCGACGACGGACCUUGAUAUUCUUCCGAGAAUUUACGGGGACAAAAUUUGUUAUGACACCAACAACCAAGGACGAAUUUUAGCUUCGUGGAAAAUUAAACUUUUAAAGAUUCAGCAGUCAAAGUUAAUUCCGCAUGUCAGUCUCUCGAAAUUGUUUGAAUUGUAGUUGAAGUAGAAAAAAAGUUUCUCUCGUCUUCUUGCAGAACCUCGGCAAAGUGUCAGACGCAAAUUUGGUUGGGGGACCUUCAACAACCUUCAUUCCACAGGGCGGCUUAUACAAGUGCCUCCCCCUCCACAAAGCGAGUCAAGCGGGCGGGGGGACUUGGCAGCCCCUCCCCCGACGAAUUUUGUAAAAUCAAUUAUCAAUUCAGUUUAUCCAAAGCUGGAUAUGCCGCUUCCCCUCCAGAAAAAUACGCAAACCUGAGUAAAAAAAACCUGUCCGUUUUGAGCAUAAAGUCGCUUCGCGUAUUGCUUCUAUGACUUGACAACGAACAAACUUUUGGCGAGCUUCGAAGUAAAUGCAAGUAUAAAUGUAAUGCCAAUUUCUGUACGGUUGUCAGGAUUACUGUCCGUCACCCCGGCCGUCCAUUUGUCGGGGGGGGGCGCACGCCAAAUGUUAAAGUUUUUGCUUGUGGGUAUGUGGGUAAUAUGUGCCCUUUGUGUUUGUUUCAAUCUAAUCUUGAGUUUUAUUGUCAGAACUUUAUGUGGGAUUUAAGGUUUGAAGUGUUGUUUACACAUUGUUUACAUUAUGAAAAAUAAUGACCUCCAAAAUGUUAACGGAUUUGAUUGUGACGCAUAGACACUGUACACUCCUGUACUGUUUUUACACUGAAAGAGAUGGGGACUGCGAAAGUGAGGCGAAUUUGAAGUCACGGAAAUUGUGCAGCGAUAAGUUUAUCUCGAGUUGAAAUGUGUUCAACUUUUGAAUGUGAAGUUGCGACGCAAAUCUUCUACCCUGACGUCACAAAUUUGCAUUCGUGUUCGCCUGAAAUGUGAAGGGGCCUUGAAGGGGACAGACUGGGAGGAGGAUUGGGUGGUGGAAUGGGGGAAGAGUAGAUGGAUGGAACGAUGGGUAAAGGGAGUCAGUAAAGGGGGAUGGACUGGAUGAAAGGGAGGGGGCAGAACCUUUAAAAUGCCAUUUAUUUUUCACACGUAAUGUGGUCAUAUAAUUAUCAGACCAUUUCUAGUACUUGUUGUAAGAAUUGUGGCAAAGCUUGCACUUGGCUUGUGUUAUUUUCUCGCUUAAUUUAGCAGCACCAUUCGUACUUUGCACGAAAUUGUCUCUUAACAUAAAUUUGUAUGCGGUGGAAAAAGGAAUUUUUAAUCAUAAUAUGAAGCAGAGA